CUCUCUCUCUCUCCCUCAGAGCUGUUCAGACUUGAGGGAGGAAUGGCGGCCCCUCGCAGUUUCUUCACCUCUCUCUCCGGUUUAUUUCUGAUUUUUUAUGUUUCUUGUGGAUCUACGACUUCAGGCAACAAAAGAGCAAACCAGGAGCGAUGCGGUUUCAAGGUGCAGUCUGGUACAGAUGGAGGUCGCAGGUUGGCCGUCACCUUCAGAGCUGACAAUUGUUCAUUAAACUACCCUUUGGGGAAACAUGUGAUCCAUGAAGUGACCAACAUCUCCUUCAGCCAUCUGGCCUGUGAGGACCAGGCCGGCGUGGUCGUCCACUGGUCUGCCAGUCCACUGGGGAUCGAACACAUUAAAGGCUUCAGAGUUUAUCUGGAAGACAAGAAUCCAGAAGGAAAACAAUGUCAACAUCUGAUCCUCAAAGACCCGCGACAGCUCAACUUCUCCUACAGGAACACGAAGCUAAGCAGUCAGCCGUUCAGCGGUUUGACCUUUGACACGGACUACAUGGUUCGUGUUGUUCCUUUCCCAACUCUGAUGAACGAGAGCUUCUUCACUCCGUCCUUCCUCAGGACCAACUCCUGUGAAGUCCUCCUGGGUUCAGACAACCUGGUCUGCAAACCAUUCUGGAAACCGAAGACCCUGAACGUGUCUCAGCUGGGGUCGAACCUCCACGUGGCGUUCGACCAGGCGCCGCCCUCCUUCGGCUUCCACCUGUACUACCUGUACUACAAACUGCGGCAGGAAGGACCGUUCAAACUGCAGCGCUGCAAACCAGACGCGAACCAGCUCAGAACUACAUGCAUCCUCCAGGAUGUCACUCCGGGGACCUACACUAUAGAGUUGAGAGACGACAGCAACACUUCCAGGAGGCAGACUCAGUACCACGUCAGCCAGGUCCACUCCCCCUGGGCGGGGCCUAUCCGUGCCAUGGCCAUCACAGUGCCUCUGGUCGUCAUGUCUGCCUUCGCCACUCUCUUCACUGUCAUGUGUCGCAAGAAACAGCAAGAAAACAUCUACAGCCAGUUGGACGAAGAGAGCAGCGAGUCGUCCAAUCACAGUGCAGCGUUGAACACGGAGCGGCCGUGGCCCCGCCCCAAAGUCUUCAUCUGUUACUCCAACAGAGACUGUCCCAAACACACCAGCGUCAUCCAGAGCUUCGCCUACUUCCUGCAGGACUUCUGCAGCUGUGAGGUUGUGUUGGACCUGUGGGAACACCUGGAGAUGUGCAAAGAGGGUCAGAUGUCAUGGCUCAGUAGACAGCUGGACGAGGCCAACUUCAUCAUCACCGUCUGUUCCAAGGGCCUACGCUACUUUGUGGAAAAGAAGAGCCGCCGCGGGAAGACGCCAGUCAGUCGCCGCAGUACCAACAGCAACAACAGCAGCAGCAGCAGCUCUCCGACCGGUGGAUCGGGCAGUGACCUGUUCAUUGUGACCGUGGCCAUGAUCGCUGAGAAGCUGCGGAUGGCGAAGCAGAGCGAGGGGGGCGGGGCUCAGGAGCUGAACCGCUUCAUGACGGUUUACUUCGACUAUUCCACAGAGAGCGACAUCCCCACCAUGCUGAGUCUGGCUCCCAGAUUCAAGCUGAUGGACCAGCUGCCUCAGCUCUUCAGUCGGCUGCACUCCAGUCAGUCCAGUCUGGUCGACCGCGAGUCGCAGCCUCUCAACGUCUCCCGGAGGAACUACUUCAGGAGUAAGUCUGGACGCUCGCUCUACGUUUCCAUCUGCAACAUGCACCAGCACAUCAGCCAGAACCCUGACUGGUUCGAGAAGCCUCUGGCUCCAGCUCCUGCAGGCGCUUCCUCGGCCUCCUCCUCGUCACCUUCUCCUCCUCUCCCCGCCGUCCUGGCUCAAAACUCUCCUUCAAAGGCCCCCUGCUCCUCCACCUCAUCUCAACCCGAGGAGAAGUUUGACUCUGGCUUGGUGCUGAAUGAGGUGGUGGUGAAGACGCCGUCGCUGGAGAGUGGGGAGGGAGUGUCGAGGAGGAAUGUGCUUCUGCUGGCCCCUGGCUCCAGUCCAAGUCCCAGUCCCAGUCCUGGUCCCAGUCCAGGUCUCUGUCCCAGUCCAGGCCUGCCACACUGCUCUCUGUCCAUGUUGGGACACACUUCAAGGUCCACUUCUGGAAUAUCAGGACUGUUACCUGGAGAAUCUUCCUCCUCCUCCUCCUCCUCCUCCUCCUCUGCUCCCUCCAUCCUCCAGGACGAGGUGUGCUCCCUACCUGUCCAGACAGAAGAAGGCCGUCCUUCCCCUCCAGAGGUCCCGCCUCCUCGUGAUUCGGGCAUCUAUGAUUCGUCUGUCCCCUCCUCAGAGCUUUCCAUUCCCCUAAUGGAGGGACUGUCACAUGACCAGGCUGACUCCUCCUCCCUGGCCGACAGCGAAUCAUCUUCUUCCGGCCUGGGUGACGAGGAGCCCCCAGCGGUCGCGUUGCUCCGCUGCAGCGCUGCCACAGUUUGUAAAGCUGAGCUGCACCACCAUCAUCACCUGGAACACAGCGAUGGACUUGAACCUGUAGUAUCAUAGUAGGGGACGCCUCCAGCCAAUCAAAAGAGGACCAGCCCAGUGAUGUCAUUACAGGGCCAAAGAUGUUUUGGUGUUGGACCUGAAUCCUGUCUCAGAAGUGUUGUCAUCCAAUCGUCAUGGACACUAAACUGGAAUAAUUAACAGGCAUUGGAGUGGAGACACCUAUGGAAAUAACUGAGUUGUGAAACACCAGCCCCUGUAACUAUGGUAACCACUGGGCUGUAGAACAUUUGCCCCUGUGACUAUGGUAACCACUGCAUUCUAGAACAUUGAUAACUCUGAUAACUACGGUAACCACUGGUUUCUACACUACACACUGGGAAUUCUGGUAACCACUGUGUCAUUAGUCCCUGGAAAUAUGGUAACCACUGCAUCUAAACACUAAUCCCUUGUAACUAUGGUAACACUGAGUCAUAGAACACUUCUAACUAUGGUAACCACUGUGUUGUAGCACUCCAUUCCCUGUUAACUAUUGUAAUCACUGCAUUCUAGAACACUAGUUCAGGUAACUAUGGUAACCACUGCGUUCUAGAACACUAGUUAAGGUUACUAGGUUAACCACUGUGUUCUAGAACACUAGUUCAGGUAACUAUGGUAACCACUGCGUUCUAGAACAGUGGCACUCUGGUCGCCCUGCCUGGAGGAUUUUUGGAGGACUGGAUCUCCAGAUGCUGGCAGAGCGGAUCAGUUCAAACCAAAGACUGCUUCAGCACUGCGUCCUGAUUGGUUGGAGACCACUUUGCGAGUUGAUGUUCGGAACCAAAAUGUGAUGCUGAAACAAACUCUUCGGGCACUUUUUGAUGCAGAAACGCAGGAAGACACAAUGCCAUGAACAUGUUCAGAUGUUCCUUGGCACCAACAUCCAAUGGGAUCAAAGCAGCUCCUGGGGUUCUGUUAUCCACAAAGAUUUUUACCAAAAGCUGCUGAAUGUAUCAUCGCCUUAUGGAUGUUGACAAUAUGGCGUCUUUGUAUUAUUGUCAACAUUUAGGACCAAGAGCAAGUAAACACUAAAUAGGUAGUGAAAAACCACUUAUUCAUCAAUGGAUGCUUCCUUCUAAAGAGUGCCGUUAAAAACCAUAAUAGAACAUUUAUCAAUAUUCAUUCAUCUUUAAUGAGCGCUAUGUUUUUCAUAUCAUAUUUUUUAAAAGCAUUCCUUAUUAAGUGUCUUCUAAAUGUUUGUUGAUGACGACUCAUCGUUAAAGCAGCAAGUAACAUGAUGACCACUCACUAAAUCAAAGAAUUUUCUAAAACCUGCUAAUGUGAUAUAAUAUGGUGGAAGAGUUUUGUCAGAAUUCAUUUGAAUUAUGUGUUGAAUUCAAAUUAAAUUUUCUCUGCAUUUUCAUUCACAAAAUUCAGAACACACAAUUCAAAUUAAUUUGGCUGGUGGCUGCACUCGUACACCAUAAUAUAUUAAACACUGUGGUUACAUUGUUAAGCUUGUGGUUAUAUAUUUGUAAAGUACUGAAUAUUAAUGUUACAUUUAUGGUUAUAUAUUUCUUAAUGAUUCGUAAUGCUUUUCUAACAUUGGUGCAGGAAGCAGUGAUGAUGAGGGCAUUUCGAAAGCAGUUCGAAGACACCGCAGUGGAAGCCCGUUCCCGGCAGGACAAGAAACAAAUAGAGGAAUUGUCAAAUAUGUCAAAUGAUGAAAUGAUCGUAUGGAAUUGAUUUGACUAAGAAAUUAUGACUCACUAUAAUUUUGACUGAAAAAGUAAAAAACAUAUUUAUUAUCUCAUAAUUGCAAUUUUCAUCCUUUUUGUUUUCUUCUUUUGGCGGAAAUGGGCUUCCGUACACUUUUUAAUUAUUGAUCCCAAGAACAUAUUUCAUUAUAUCUGACACAUGUAGAAGGACGCUAUGGCUGUCAGUUAUUGCUGCAGUCGUUUUGUUCUCUCUCUUCUGUGUUUUAUCCUCUGACUCUGAUAUUCGAGCUGCUGCUGAAGGCAGAGCGACGACUUCUGGUUCAUCUGCAGUUUAAGAGUUUGUUGGAAGAGAAGAUUCAGCAUUUCCUACUUGUGAAUAUUUUAAUUUUUUUUUCUGGAAAUGUCUGUUUCAAUUUUGUAUAGUUAGACUGUUAUUUUACUUUUUUUUUCUACAUCUUAUAGAAAUGUACUGUUUUAUAGUACCUUAAUGUAGGAAUUAAAUAAAUCCAUCUAAUAAAACUUU